AUGGUCAAGGUCCUCUUCGAGACAGCCGUCGGCUUCUGUCUCUUCAACGUCUCCGACGCUUCCAAGCUCGAGUCUACUAAGAAUCUUCACGAGUCGCUCGACUCGGCUGAGGGUGCUAGCAACCUUCUCAAGCUCUCUGCCAUUCACCGCUUCACCAACACUGCUGAGGCUGUCGAGGACAUCUCUGCCGUCAAUGAGGGCAAGAUGAGCAAGAGCCUCAAGAAGUUCCUCACCGAGGAGAUCGUUGAGGGCAAGGGCAAGGAGAAGGAGAACCUCAUUGUUGCCGAAUCCAAGCUUGCCUCUAACAUCGCCAAGAAGCUCGGCAUUCAGGUCACUUACGAUAGCGAGCUCCUCGACCUCUACCGAGGCAUCCGCGAGAACCUUGCUACCCUUCUUUCCUCGUCUUCGGGCGAAGAGUCACUCGACCCCCGCGACCUCAACACAAUGAGCCUUGGUCUUUCCCACAGCUUGAGUCGUUACAAGCUCAAGUUCAGCCCCGACAAAGUUGACACCAUGGUUGUUCAGGCUAUUGGCUUGCUCGACGACCUUGACAAGGAGAUCAACAUUUACGCCAUGCGUGUCAAGGAAUGGUACGGAUGGCACUUCCCCGAGAUGGGCAAGAUCAUCUCCGACAACCUCGCCUACGCCAAAGUUGUUCGUGCUAUGGGUUUCCGAACCAACGCUUCCGCCACCGAUUUCAGCGAGAUCCUUCCCGAGGAGAUUGAGGAGACUCUCAAGGCUGCUGCUGAGAUCUCCAUGGGUACUGAGAUUUCCGAAACCGAUCUCGAGCACAUCUGGAGUCUCGCAGAGCAGGUCAUCUCCAUCACCCAGUACCGUACUCAGCUCUACCAGUACCUCCAGAACCGAAUGGCCGCCAUCGCACCCAACCUCACAGCCCUUGUCGGUGACCUCGUUGGUGCCCGUCUCAUCAGCCACGCAGGUUCGCUCAUGAACCUUGCCAAGCACCCCGCUUCCACCGUGCAGAUCCUUGGUGCCGAAAAGGCUCUCUUCCGCGCGCUCAAGACCAAGCACGACACGCCCAAGUACGGUCUCAUCUACCACACCUCGCUUGUCGGUCAGGCACCACAGAAGCUCAAGGGUAAGAUGGCACGUAUGGUCGCCACCAAGGCUGCUCUUUCCAUCCGUCUCGACGCUCUCGCCGAUACUGACAGCAAGAGUGAGGAGGGUGCUCCCACUAUUGGUAUCGAGGCACGUGCCAAGCUCGAGUCGCGUCUGCGUGCGCUUGAGAUGCAGAGUGGUCUUUCGGGUAUGCGCUCGGCAAGGAGUGCUGCUGGUGAUCAGGGUUACAAGCAGAAGGGUUUCCAGAUGGAGGCUUCUGGUCGAUCGUACAACGCCGCUGCUGAUGCUGCUGGUCCUAGCGACAUGGCUGCAGCUGCUAGCAUCGCACCAUCUAUGCUUCCCUCGACACCAUCUAAGGCCACCGCUGCUGAUGACAUUGAUGAGAAGAAGCUCUCCAAGGAGGAACGCAAGGCACUUAAGAAGGCAAGAAAGUCCGAAGCAGCUGCUUCUGAACCUGUCACACCCGCUGCCGCCUCUGACGCUGGUGAUGACAAGUUGAGCAAGGAAGAACGCAAAGCACUCAAGAAGGCCAAGAAGGAAGAAGGUAACGGUGUCGAAACUCCCAAGAAGGAGAAGAAGAAGCGUUCGGCAGACGAAGCCGAAGUUAACGGUACACCCAAGUCCGAACCAGGGUCGAGCAAGAAGAAGAAGUCCAAGAAGGACUAG